CGGGGCCGUGAGGGCGCCGGAGGAGUGCGGGGAGUGCUGCGGGCCGGAUGGGUCGUGCAAAGGCAGUAGUCGCCAAUGCCGCGGGAAGGCUCUGAAGUUCCAUCAUGUCCGAAUCCAGGUCUUCAGGAAGGAGAAAAGCCCAGAUCGCUUUGUCACCGAGUGCAAAGAAGAAAAAGAAAGAAGCGGCGAGGAAAGCGAAAGAUAAAGGAACGCCCUCUAUACCUCCGCAGUCCUGCUCUAUUAUUUCGUUAUUCAACAGCGCGCCUCCUGCUAAAGUUAGCUGUCCCGUGUGUGGGCAGCUGGUGCCGAGGUACGGGAUAAACCAGCACAUGGACCGGCUGUGUCGAAGCGGCUGUGCCGGACUGGGUGCUGCUGCUGCUGCUGCUGGUGAUGGGGGUGCGGCGCUCGGCACCACACAGAGUCUGCCAGGCACACCUGUGAGCGGUAAUUCCAGCUCGUAUUGCUCGGAGCCCUCGCAUCUGAGGACAAGUCCUUCCCAAAGCAGAGUGCUGAAAGCAGAAGGCAGGGCAGUGCAGCACGUUAGUCCUUAUUUUAGCAGUCGGGGUCCAGCCGGUGAUGCUUACACUGAGCCCCUGGAGCAAACGGUUAAAGUCGUUUCUUUGGGAAGCUUGUCAUCUAAACUGUCCAGAAGACGUCGCAUCCAGAGGGGAAAACAGAUCGUGUAUAAGGAGAUGGACUCCUCGCCUCCAGCUGCUCACAGCAUGUGUGGCAGUGCUGCAGCACUGGAUGGCAGUGCUGAUGACAUCUGUGCUGGGAGUAGUUCUCAGAAAGAAAACGAGCUUGUUCAGAGAGUGCACCAGGAGCAAAAUCCCUUGGAAGAGUUUGAAUUUCAAACUGAAAUAGACGAAUAUAAUAAGGGAGAUGUUACAGAUGUUGUUCAGGUAUCGUUACCGGCUGAUGGAGUGCUGUUUGGUGCAAGGAACUCCAGAGCGGGAAGUAGAUCUAAAGGCGUGGUGCUCAGUCCCAGUAAUUCUCAAACACCUCUGGCUGUUGGUACCUCAGCAGGGCUGGUCAGCAGUUCAGAGGUUGAGGCACAGCCUUGUGCUCAGCGUGUUCCGUCUUCAGAGAUGGAAGUGGACUGUGGUACGCAAAGCUGCUUUAAUGACAGUGAUGAACAGGUACUUCCUGUGGAAGUUCUUGAAGACUUUAAUUAUGAGUUUAAUCAUAACUUAGCAGAAACUGUGGAAAAGGUGGAUUUUCAAAAUUCCGUUGGUGAUAUUUUAAAUAUAAUAAAUGAGGUUAGCUCUCCUAGUCACCCAUAUUACCUCCGAAACUUUUUAAUGGUGUUGCGAGCAGUGUUGGAGAACGAAGAUGAUCUGAGACUCUUUGAUGAGCAAGAUAUGAACGUUAUUACUCAGUUCUGCCAAUUAUCAGUUGGUGGGCAGAAGUUAUAUGUGAGACUUUUUCAACGUAAGCUGAACUGGUUAAAAGUGAACAAAAUUGAGUAUGAAGAGAUAGCUAAGGAUUUGUCACCAAUAAUUGAAGAACUGGUUGAAGCCAGAUUUUUGCAAACAGGUAUGGCCUGCACUGAAUCUGAGCUGGAAGACCUGUGUGAAGGUUUGGAUUUGCUUUCUGCCCCUGAACUAAAAUCUUUAGCAAAGAUCUUUCACUUGCCAAAUCCAAACGGUCAGAAACAACAACUUGUGGAUGAUUUCCUGAGGUUGGCAAAACAACGUUCCAUCUUCAGCAGGAAUCAGGCUGGUAUUGGGACUGUUAUUUUAAAAAGGGCAAAGGAUCUGGCUGGAAGAUCAGUCAGAAUAUGUAAAGGCCCUCGAGCUGUCUUUUCUCGAAUCCUGCUGCUAUUUUCCCUGUCUGAAUCAGUGGAGGAUGAAGAAGCUGGCAGUGCUGGUCAAGGGCAGCUCUUCACAGUUCUGAUGGUAAACAUGGGACGUAUGGUGUUCCCCAGUUAUGCUGUGAAUAGGAAAACACAAGUCUUCCAGGACAGAGAAGAUCUUAUCAGGUAUGCAAAUGCUGCUCACCUGUCAAACGAUAUAGCCACUGCAAUGGUAAAUGGGAACUGGGAAGAAGCUCAUCAUCUGUAUGUGUGUGCAAAAGAAACCUGGAACAGUCUGAAAGAUCACCCCUCUUUGAGCAAUCACAGAGUUCUGCCCGAGUAUCUGCGACAUUUCACAGUUGGCUGGAAAUACACAAGGAUACUUUCUCAAGGUGUUGAAAUUUUGCAGAGACUUCACAUGUAUGAGGCAGCAGUGCAGGAGCUGCAGGAGCUUUUGGCUCAGGACGUGUAUUGUACCGACAGCAGGGGGCGGUGGUGGGAUCGCCUCGCUCUGAAUUUACAUCAGCACUUGAAAAACACCCCGCAGGCCGUUGACUGCAUUAGGAAUGGACUGGCUGACCCGUUUGUGCGGACGGGGCACCGUCUCGCUCUCUACCUGCGGGCUGUACGCAUCAGAGACUCACCAAGCUGCAGGCAGCUCAGAUGCCUUUUUCAUGAUUUGCCAGGCAUAACUGUGGAGGAUGUGACACACGUUACAAUCAAGGGAAAGAUGUGUCCUCAAACAGGAUUGGGAAAAUCUGUGUUUCUAAUGGAGGAUAUCAGUGAUGAAGAAGAAGGAAGCAAAGACUGCAGUGUAUCCACAGUCAUGUGCUCAGUUGAGGAGCUUGCAUUAACUCAUUACAGACAGAAUGGUUUUGAUCAGGGUAUUCAUGGAGAGGGUUCGACGUUUAUUACACUGUAUGGUAUUCUAAUGUGGGAUAUCAUUUUCAUGGAUGGCAUACCUGAUGUCUUCAGAAAUUCCUAUCAGAUGUUCCCCCUGGAUUUGUACACUGACUGCUUCUAUGAGAACAGGAGGGAUGCCAUUGAGGCCAGGCUCCAACAGCUUCACGGAGCUUCUUUGGAGACUCUGGCAAACUUGGUUGCUGACAUCUGGACCACGCAGGAGGGAAAAGCAGCAGCACUGGUUAGCUGGGGACUUUUUAGUUCCCUCCAGCAGGUUCAGAGCCUUGUCUCUUGCCUUGGAGGAAUGUUUCUGAGUGGUGUUUUUAGGCGACUUUCCAAAGAUCUGCGCCACUGCAGAGGGGGGCUUCCUGAUCUGGUGGUGUGGAGUACUCACAGUAAUCACUUCAAGCUCGUAGAAGUGAAAGGCCCCAACGAUCGCCUGUCCCACAAGCAGAUGAUCUGGCUGAGCGAGCUGAAGAAGCUGGGGGCUGCUGUAGAAGUCUGUCACGUACAAGCAGUUGGAGCUAAAAGUAAACGGCUCAGUUGACAAAAGGUGCCUUAACCACAUGGGUAACUUGGUUGUUUCUAAGGAUGUGGUGGGCCAUACACUACCGUUACUGCUUCUUCUAAGUGUUUUCUUCUGAAUUCUGGCUUCUCAGUGCACAAAACAUUCUAAAGAAUAGUCUGAGAAAACUGUCACUUGUGUUCAGUAGAAUAAAGCAUUUUCUUUUAUACACAUUUCAUAACUGAUUCUGUGAAGGGUAAUCGAGGGCCUCUGUCCAGUCUAGACAAACAGCUGCAGGUGCAUUUUGUACCAUUGAGAACAUUCUCUAUCACAAACAAUGUGGGCAGCAAAGCCUGGUGCUUCCCACAUUGCAUUCAUUACCUUCCCUUCAGCUCCUUUCCAGGACCAGCAUGGUUUUAUAACUGUCUCCACACUGUAUCAUCUAUUUCAAUUUUUCAUUGUAUUUUUCAUGUAAAAUACAGAGCCAGGCGUUGGUCGCAUUGCUUGAGGCAUAAAACAUGUUUAUAAAUAUUUCAGUUUGCUGCUGUAUCUGACUGAGUGAUAGGAUCAUUUGCUCAAUAACUCCUGUCUGAAAUAGCUGUGUUACCUACAAAAAUGGGCCAGGAUGGUUUGGGUAGUAGACAGGAGUUGAGAAGUGCCACCAGGCAUUCUGCUUACCAUGCAAACAGCAAAUGCUUUAAUAAUAGAAUAUAGUGAGAAAUUAAGAUCAGCUGCACACCUUUUUUUUCCUCUUAAUCAGUCAUCUUUCUUCAGCACAGCAACCCUGCUUUUCUUGGAGAAAAAAGCCAUGUAGCCCCCCCAGUUUUGUUGUUGGAGGAAGUGAAAGAAAAGCACCUGAAAUUCACUCUGGAAAGGUAUGAAUUUUAUUUAGUCUAAUUUACUUCACAUUCACAAGUCAGCAUCAGGAUGUUAUAAUCUUCCUGGCACUGCUACUUUACUCAGUAAAUCAUUAUCAGGCACAAGGGUUUUAGUUUCAAUUGAAAUAGCAAACUCUACACCAUCACAGCAACAGCAUUAGAACCCUACUGCCUAGAGCCACUUGAGGUACAGAUUUCUGUCUCUUCCACUGGAGGCUGCAAAUGUUAGAAAUUUUUGGUUUUAAUGUUUCUUUCCAUCUGAGUGUAAGCCAAAACCUUUGACCCACUUGCUACAUCUUCAUUCCGAGUGCAAGGCAGUUAAUAGCGGAGUGGUAUUGCCAGCAUGUGCACACACACACACACAGGUGCAGGCCUGGGUUUACAUGUAACACACUUUUCAAUGAGUUUCUGGAAUGAAAGGAAUUUCUUUGAUUUUUGGCAGUAAAAACGGGGAAUAAUGUUGUCCUACCACAGUGACCUCUACCUAGCAGUAAUCAGUGACACCACAGGUACACUUAAAUCUUACCAACCUGCAAUUUGUGUUUCACCCCCUGCAAGGUUUACAGUGUAGUUACAAAAAAAUAAUGAUUAUAACAGCUGGUACCAGCCAAAAUAGUGCACUUUUCUUUUACAAGAAACAGACAAAAAUAGGAGUUUCUCUGUAGCUUUUCUACUCUUGAAACAACCAAAUGCCAUCAACAGUUUUGUUUUAAAAUGGUGAACAGAAAUAGUAAUUUGAGAACGUGUAUACAUAUACACAUACACACACAUUCAUAUACACACUUGUAUGUUGAUUUUGUACACAGAAGUUAAGUACUUGCACACCAAAACUGCUUCUGAAAGCUAUUAGAAAUGUUCAGAGCAGUCCCUGCUGAUGAUAAGGCAACUGUGUAGAGUGGAGAAUAUUCUGAAAUUAGCUUUUAGUACCUGUGUUUCAAAAGCAAAUUUAAAGAAGGAAAAAAAAAAAAAAAAAAAAGCUGUAGAACUUACUCAAAGGGAAGAACCAACAGUCACAGGCACUCUCAGUCUGCAAACACAAGGCAGCAGACAGGCUCCUCUCCUCCCUUCAUCCUUUCCAUGCAAGUUGGGGAUGUCCCUGUGCUCGUCUCCUUCUCAGCCUCUGCCUGCCUAACUCUCCUGGUAACUGCUUAUUAAACAAGUCUGUUAUUUUUUAACAUCCCCUCCCCUAUUAUAUAUGUAUAGUUAUAUGUAUAUCUAUAUACAUAUACAUACACAUAUAGACUACAAAGACCAUCUGCAGCAUCUGUACCCACUGUUGAACUGAAAGGUAAAAAUUUCUUAAGUCUCAUUACAGUCAACCUCAUUUGUUUAAACAUAGCACCCAUUUUUCCCCAACAGGCAUGGGCCUAAAUACUGUGUGUUGCAUUCUACCAGCUCCCUGUUUGAGUAAUUAUUUUUUUUUUUAAUACGUUUUAGGUUCUUUUAAGCCAAACAAGUUACACCUUUAAGGACAAAAAAAAAAAAAAAAAAAAGACACCAUAGUUCUAAUUGUAAUUUAAGGAGAAAAAAAAAAGAGAAAAAACUGGUACCAAAAUACCCCCACGCACAUGGGUUGAGGUCUUUACAUCAAGUAUCAGGCCAGGGAAAACAGUAAGCUAGUUCAAAAAAACCAUUACAAAAGCAAAAUAAGAGUCACUUGAGUAAUGAAUCAGUUGGCUGACUGCUCCAGCAAGCUUGCAAUUAAGAACAGCUUGUUUGGGGAACAUAUAACAUGCUCAGACUGUCUUGCAGCAUAAUUAGGCAACUGAGGUGAAUGCACAUUUUUUCCCUCACAGGGAGCUGAGCAGAAGCAAUCUGACAAGGGUCAUAAGCCCCCACCUGCCCCACACACAGGGUGGGGGGAAGUGCUGGUUAGUUAAAAAAGGAAGUUUAUUUUUCCUUUUCCUCCCACACCUCAGCUCACCUUUAAAACAAGCCCACUCGUCCCUGGCAAACCAAGCAGUGUGAGAACCCAGUGUGCCACUGCUCCUCGCAGCUUUGCACUUCACGUCAUUUGUAGCCUGGUGAAAAUGGGGUCCUGUGUGCAGCAGGCUCAGCUAGCACUGUGCUGGCACCUGUAAGGCCACUCUGUUAAAUAAAUACUUGAGCCAUCAUAGACAUCCAAAACCCUUGUUACUUUGAUUUAGGCUGCAGAGAAGACCAGUUUGGUUUUACACAGAAAUAAACAACUCCAAAUCUCCCUGCUCCCCUCCCCCUGCUUGUUUGUUUUUUUUUAAACGCUCUACAGGCUGCAUAUGAUCUAAAACUUUUUUUUUCCUACUAACUGGGAACAGCUUGAUCAGCCUGGUCAGUAAGGCUCAGCAUUAAUAGCUUUUGCAUUUUACAGAGAUCAGGUACUAUAAGACUCACUGUUAAGAGAACGUAUUCCACAGAAGUAUUCUCUUGUCCUCCACCCAUGCCUUCACUUCAGAUAAUGAUGCACUGUACUGCCCUCCCACCCCCAUCUCUUGUUUGUUUCAUGCAGCAUCCAGCAGAGAGUGACAAGGCAAAGGUUUAAGAGCUGUGCUUGUCCACUGCAUUGUCCACGGGGGCUACUAGUAGGUAAAAAAGAAGGCACUGCUGAUCACUCUUCUCCCAGCCCUGCUCAAGAGGAGCACCAGCACCCCUCACAGAUGCGGCCUCUCACAGCCCAGCCUCUGUUCCAAAAAGUGUUAGGGCUGAAGUGUGCUGCAGCCUGGAACUGGGCGUGAGAGGGAUCUGUGCAUGAUAGUGCUGAAUAUCAGAGGUGCUGAGAAAAGGAGACGCUCUCAUGAGACUUAAAAAAAAAAAAAAUGAGCUUAACCUUUGGGAAGAACAACCUAUUGUCUCCUGAGCUAUAUUCUCUUAUUUCCACAAAAGGAAAGGGGAAGGCAGAGGAAGGAACCAGAACUUACCUUAACAAUCUGCUGUAAAAAAAAAAAAGGGGGGGGGGGGAGCAGGUAGCUGCAUUAGAGUAAAUCUUGCUACUUUUUCCUCCUGUUUAAAGGCACUUCUAAAGCUACUACAUUAUCUAUGUACAGUAAAUGGUUUAAGGUUAACAGUGCAUUGUCCUGAAGUUGAUUCCUAUAGCCUAACGGCAAGCUCAUGACAAAGAGCAAAAAUCUGAUUGCUAAUGGAUGCAUUCUGGGGAGAAAGGAAAAGGAACACCUCCUCCGUGGAUGCACACUACAUUAACACAUAUGAAAGGUGAUCCAGUCACAGGACAUCAGUAUCUGUGUACACACGUUUUCUGCCUGGAAAGUAAAUCUGAGGGAAGAGUUUGUGCUCAGAGUUCAGUCGUUACCAAGUGAACACAAGCUAUCUGGGAAAAUAGGUAUUUCAAACAACCCUCAUUAACAACCACACCAAACCAGCAGUUAGCAUCGGCGUUCAUUAGAAAUCUCAUAUAAAGAGUCGAACCCCCCAAACACAGAAAGAAGUAGGGACCAGAAACCAGACAAGACAUGGAUGAGAACUACUGAGGACAAAAUUGUGCGAUUUGAAGCCUGACUCGCUUUGCUUUUAAAUAUUUGUGCAAAAUUUACGUAACGUUUGUAUAUAAAAAUUAUUACAGCUUUCAAGGCUGCCUUUAGCAGUGUUAAAUUAGAAAAGACAAAACAAUAUGCUAUAGCCUCCCUGGAUCUAUAGGCCAUCACAUCAUCUUAGUCUUCAUUCGCAAGCGUCUCAGUGGAUAGCCAGAUUUUGGCACCACUCAAGAAUUUGCUUAAAGGCGUUCCCAGAAUGCUCCGUCUGCACAGGUUCCCUACAGGUGAAAAUGGGAAAGAGGAGGAGAGAAAGUCUGGGGCCCCAGAGGUGUCGUUUAAGCCAUUUGCUCGGAAGUACAUCCUGCCUUGAUCCAGUUCUGAGCAGUUACCUUGCAAAGGAGAGUUGCUUUUGCACUGUCGAAGGCUCCGGUUUAACAUGUCUAUUUCAUCUGCCAGCAAAGAGACUUUAUGGAAAGCAGCAAUGAAGCCACCAUGAUUAAUCUGGGCCUCAGGAACCCAGCGGAAGUAGCACAGUUUCCAGAGUUUUAUUUGUGUUCCAGAGAUAUGGGGCAGAAUUACGCCGUGCAAAUCAACAGGCUUUGCAAACCAGUCUCUGAAGUACUGUUCCAUACUGUUACUCUGACUCUCUGUUUGCUGUAAGAAGUCUGGUUUCAGUUUCAGUAUCAGAGAGUUUCUUCUUGGAAGGAACUCCUGCUCACUGAUGAUGCCAUUUUUCAAUGCUGGGGGGACACCUCGCAGUGUCGAGCUGUAGUUUUUCUGCAGAGAAUAAAUACUGGUCAUUUUCCAGCUUUACCCUCACUGCAACAGCAGAUUUCCCUGAGCAAUUGCAGGUAUUAACCAGCUAAACGAUGUGACCUUCAAACAGUUCUGCACUUAGGAGCCACUGCACGGCUCACAGACCAAAUGGAGUCCCUUGAGGCCUUCAGAAAGAAAUACUUAGGUUUUCUAGGCUUAGCAAAACAACAAGUGAUUGUAGUAAUCAGCACUCACAAAUGACAACUCUGGGGAAAAGAAAGUGUGUCGCUGCUUUUCCACAGGUGGAAUAAUGCAGCUGCUGGCAGUGAGCUGAGGUGCAUCAGGGAAUGUCCUGGAACACAGGCACAGUCUUUACUUGUAUUGAAAGCCCUGUGUACCUUUUCUUUAGGCUGUGGAGGUAAGAGAAGCCUUAGCACUCCUAGUGCUAAGUGACAGUGUAAAACAUCACGUAACUGUACGUUUCUGACUUACAGUUAAGCACAAACAGUCCAUUCACAAACAGAAGUCACCAAAGUUACCUUUGAGCGCUUGAAAGUUUUCACUGCUCCGUUCUGCACACAUGGUGAGCUUUUCCCAAUGUACAAAGGGUUGUGAAAGAGCAGGCGAUCCCUGCUUGUAAACUGAAGAGACCAGUCCCAAACACAAGGAAAUCUGAGGCCCUUCUCAUCACCCAGCUGAAUAUUUUUGCUUAUAGCAAAUUCCUGCAAGAAGUAACAUUUGGGCAUAUUACAAAUCAAACAUCUUCCACAAAUCUGAACCAUAGUAGUGUGUAAUAACCAGGUGAGGAGGCAUAGCUGAGAGGUGGCUGCAGAUCAAACCAGUGCAGCAAGACAGCCUGCUGCUGGAGCACACAGCUGUGCCCUGCUUUUCACUUACACAGCAGAGAUGCAGGACUAAUGCUUACUUAGCAAAAAGCACUCUUCAGUAGUAUGAAAUCGUUCACUAUUAAAACAAUUCAUAUUCUGAGAAUACAAAUGGUUUUUCAACGUUCUACUUCUUUGUGAGGUUGUUCCCUACAGCUUUAAUGGGAAGCUGCCUAACAAAACUCACUCGUGCUUAAUUUUUAUCAGCCAUCAAAUAUCGUCUACACAGAGUUCUCAUAAAAUCUAGUUUUCAAAAAUAAAUUCAAGUGCUCAGUUUCCUAAAUAUCUUGAAAUAAACAUUCACUGUGCAUUACUAUUUUGCACUCGCACAUCCUUUUCCAACUUUUUCUAUUGUUUAAACAAUUAUGUCAGUGGACUUCAAAGUUUGCCUGAAAUGUGAAAUUCUGUAAUUGCCUGUCAUUCUGCAAUUCCAGACAUAAAUACACGUUUCUUAGUGGAGCAGAAAUAAUCACGUACAAUAGGAAAACUAUGUAGAAAAGAAGAAAUUCAAUAGACUUUCUUCCAGAACACUCUUACUGCCUUCGCAAAGCUCACCUGAAAGGACAUUUGACCGUAUUCACCCGGGGAGUAUUUUGCACCAAACAAGAGUGUGACAUUUUGGAAACACGAAGGAGCACCACUUGCUUUAGAUGAUGCAGCUGAAAAGGGGCUGGAACACUUAAUACUCACAGUGCUUUCCUUUACUCGUUGAUGAGGACAGUUGAAAAGGAAAGUGCCAAACAAGGAGAUACGUGCACUGUCAUACAGUAUCGUCAAGUACAUUUCAGAGAACUCAAAGGCUGCUGGGUACUGUUCUAGCAGCUGCCAAACACAGUCGAGAAACAUCAAGAACAAAGGGGACUGGGAAGAGAAAUGGAAUUUAAUUAGAUCUCACAUGGCAACUAUUGAUAAACAGCAUUUCUCUACCCUGGACAGCAACUCAUUUUCUCUGACGUAAGUUUCAUGAAAUUUCAUAAAAAGUAUGGAUGAUAUUUUUACUUUCAGACUUUUUUUGUGAGUAAAUGUUUAAGGCAGUACAGUUAUCAGAUACAAAUAAAGUCACUUUUACCUCUUU